UUUCAGGAUGAGCAAACAACAGCUGAAUACCAGUAACAAGGAAUACUCAACAAAUUUAAAUUUGGUUGGUAAUCAAGGAAAGAAUUUCAUGCUUAGCUAAUUAUUGCGUGCUUAGCAGCUCUAUGAAAUUGGGCCCUGGUGGCCAUUCUUUUUGUAUGUGUCUUUUUUUUCCACUCUGUGCUAAUAUGAGUUAUGCGCCUUUGAUCAUGUUGCAUGUAAGGGGUGCAAUAUAAAUUUUAAUUAUUAUUAUUAUUAUAAAAACUAAGUAUUUUUGACAUAUAAAGGUCAACUUAUUUGAGGUAAUAAGUAAAACUGGGGAAACAGUUCUCAUUCAAAAAAAAAAUCAUUUGCUCGUUUUUUUUUUGCACAUUUGUCUUGCAAAUAAUGAGUAUUCGAAAUUUACUGAAAAAAAAGAAUUCGACUUCAUUUCAAUGAGAGCAAGUUAAAUUGCUUGAGUAAUUUUGUAUUAUUUCUUCAAGUAACAAACAUGUGGCAAAGAUUACAGUUAAUAGUAAUAAUAAUAAUACUACUAAUAAUAAUGUAUUCAUUUAUUAUGCGCAAGUUUAAUAUAAUAUGUUCAGAUGCGCAUUACAAUAGUGAAACAUGCAAAUUUUUAAUAUUGAUGAAGACAAUCCUUAGAUUUUACUCGAAACGUCGAGUUUUUGUUACCAACCUCAUCGCCCUCAGUACUCCACUCACAAGCUGUAUUGUUUAGUGUAUAUUUAGGAAAACACAGGCUUGUUCUGGUAAGCAUGUUUUUGCUGUGCUUAGCAACUUUUUCUGCGUAAGCAGCUUUAUAGUAUGAUGGGUCCUGGUAGUUGUCACGAGUUUUGGCUGCAUGGCCUAUGUUUAGACUCAAUAAAACAACACGAUCUGAAACAUUUCUACACUUUAUCUUGUUUUAAACCGCUGGGCACAUUUGGUAAUUGUAAAAGACCAGUAUUUCCACUUGAAGUAUUCCAUUAUGAUGCAUGAAUCACAAACCUGUGAAAAUUUGAGCUCAAUUGGUCAUCGAGGUUGCAAGAGAAUAAUAAUAAUAAUAAUAAUAAUACAAAAAAAAAAAAACCCAGAUCACAAAGCUGCCUAUAUAAGAAUCUGUUUAUCAUAAUUAUAACUUAUAUUUCAAAAUACCAUAGCACAUGUACACUUUCUGACUGGUACUCCUGCAUACUUUUGCUUAGCAGCAAAUUAUAACCACUAUUGUCUAUAAGCUCAAGCGAACCACUAAUUGCCACAGUGAUGUCAUCAGUAGGCUAUCACGUUAUUAUAGUGGUAAGUCACUCAUGGAUCGUUCAAGUUGGGAAACGUACAGGACGACGCAGUUCAGAUGUUUCGCAAAAAUGGACGGGGCAGCAUUCGCCUUGCUGAUUGUGACCGUACUGAUCAAAGGUUUCCUGACUGUUUCAUCUCAUAAAAUUUGCUACAUCGUAUCAGAGUUUGAUCCACAGUCACCGAGCAAGCAGCAGCAGCGAUGGAGCCUGCCGUACUCAGACCCCUGUGAGUGCACCUCCAUACGUCUCGGAGGGGCAUUCUCUCAAGACAUGUCCCGAUGCCUCAAGGUGAAACCCUUCUAUCUUGAGACGUUGAUCUUGAGCGAGGAUCGUGAGGAGAUACGGGAAUUCUUCAAGUGUCCACCAGUCUGCAGUGACGCUUUGGGUAUGGGGAGCUGGAAAAUACCUGACAGCAGUUUAUCAGCCUCGACUGCCGGCAAUACAGGCUACGGACCAAAGAAAGCCAGGCUCAAUACGAAUGGUGCAUAUUGUUCAUCAGAUCCCGCAAACAAUUGGUACCGUGUUUCACUUGAUGAGACAGUCACCCUUACGGGCCUCAUCACACAGGGGCGGCACUAUAGCAAUGUGUGGACCAAAACAUUCAAAGUGAAGCUCGGUGUCGCUGGUAAUCAGUUGGAGUAUGUGACUGGAGCCGAUGGGUUGCCAAUUGAGUUUUUGGGUAACACAGACCACGGCACACAGGUAACUAACUCGUUCCCAGAGGCCGUGAGGGCUAACGUGAUUCAAAUAGAACCAGUCGAGGUGGAACGGGCAUUUUGCAUCCGCUUUGAGUUACUUGGGUGCAGAGAUUCUGAUUAGAAGACGAAACCAAAUGGAAGAUGGUUCGGGUGAUCCACCAGAGACGUAUGUAACUGACUAGACUAACCUUGUGGACAAGUCGUUAAAGAAAAUGAUUAAAGAAAAACAUAAGUACAAUAGGAUUUUGUGUGAGGAUGGAGGUUUCCAAGAAGCAUCAGUGCACUCAUAAAAAUAAAUAACAAAACAAAGAACAGUAAAACAAUAUAUUAAAGGCAGUGGACACUAUUGGUAAAUU